AUCUUGUCUUUUAGUAUUAAAUAAAUAAAAAGUUGAGUCUUUUAACAAUUUAAAUUCUAUAGCGUUUAAAGAAGUUACUCUCGAUAUUUUCUUCAAUAAUCAUCCAUUUAUAAUAGUCUUCAUUGUAAAAAAUGGAAAAUUUAGGCAGAUCUUUCAAUUAAUCUUAUAAAACAAUCAGAUGUCACAUAAUACAGUAUAGGCUUUUAUAGACUGAAAUAGUGAGAAAUUGGAAUUUUUCGUUUCUAUUUUCGUUUUCUAGUAAUCGGUUAUUCUGAAUAAAUUUCUCAAUUAUUUAGAUCGCAUGAAUUAAAAUGAACACUUAUGGACCUUUAAUAGCAGGAUUGGUUCAAGGCAUUUCUGGAGCUUUAAAUGAAGGUUCAGCCGGUCUUCUUCCUGGAUUUGUGCAAGGAGUGCAAGGAGUGCGAGGAGUGCAAGGAGUGCAAGGAGUUUUAAAUGAUAAUAUUCAUAGGAGGGGGAGAGUAAAUGCCAGUAGACGAAUUUCAAGUGCGCCGACUUCAUCCUAUCCAGAAUUUGUAGAAGGAGAGAUCCUUUUUGAUGUAGCUCCUUUCCGAAUUGUAAAAGACAGACUCGAGAAGCAAACGUGUGAUGUUAUAGCAUACGCCGCUCCUUUUUCAAUGAAUCUAAAUGCAACUCCACUAUCUAAAUUACUGUUGAAAGAGGCAGGACAUGAAUUGCAGAUUUCGUGCAAUAGAGCAAAACAGAAUGGUGUAUUUGCUGAUGAUAUUAUUUCAACUGAAGGUUAUAACCUUAAAAGCAAACUAGUUUUUCACAUGAUGAUAGAAAAGAAUGCUUCCUCUCGUGGUUAUUCGUAUAUAAGUAAAAUGAUAAGGAAAUGCUUCGAAAGAGCUAAGGCUGAGAACGCGAAAAGCAUUGCAAUUCCUAUUAUCGGUUCAGGAAAGCUUGGUUAUUCCAUGGAGGAGAGUUUAAAAGCAAUAAAAGAUGAAGGCUUAAAAUUAAUAAAGCAGUGUCAAGAGUGCUCUUGCUACCCUUUAACUAUCACGGUGGUAAUAUUCGGAGGAGAUCCUCAAUAUAAUGCAAUAAAGAGAACCUUAAGGCAGUUGAGUCUUCAUGCUGUUGGACUAAACUAUAAAGAAACCCAUCAGUACAUUAAAAAUUUAGAUACAACGCUUCCUGUAUCCAUAAGCGAGGAGGUUAUUCAAUCAAUAGAUAGCAUAAAUCGUGGAGUAACGGAUAAUGAUCUACUAGACCUUGGAAGACUAAAAUUACAGUUGACUGAGUUCAAAAUAAAUGGAGCUAAGAUAAAGGACUUGAAAAGUCUAUGCUUUUUAAAAACUUAUCCUAUUCAGAAGCUUGAUUUAAAACACUUAACUGUUUUAAAAUCUCUAGACGAUUUGGAACGCAUUGUCAAUGUAGGAAAUUUAAGAGAACUUAGUAUAAGUUUCUUAGGUAAUUCAUUGAAAAUUAGCAGAAGUAAAUGCAAACAUCUAAAAUCUCUUACCAAGUUGUAUUUAAACCGAACAAAUAUAAAAAAUCAUGAUUUUAUGAUUCUAUGCGAAGAACUAUCAAAUUUAGAGGAAUUAACAGUAAAAGAGUUUACUAAUUUAUCUAUUCAUCGGAUAUUAAAGUUAAAAAAAUUGAAAAGUUUAAAAUUCGCUGAUACUAUGAAUGAUACUGAAACUUUCAACGUUUUACGACAAUUGAAACAUUUGAAAGAAAUUCAACUUGAUUGCUAUUCAAGAGUGAAAAUGGAGAAUUUAGAAAAAUGCUUUUUUAACUCGGAUUGGCAAUUAGAAAAACUUGUAGCUCAAGUUGGAAGAUGGGAUGAAAAUUGGUUAAAGAAGAUAUAUAAUAGAAAUUUAAAGAUUGAGAAACCAGAAUUGAAAUUUUGUCAUUUAAGUACAUUAGAUGAUUGUUUUGUCUACAAUGGAAAGAAUACGUAUAUAUGGCAAAGAAUGGUGAAUCCAAGCUUUAAUGGGACUGGAGAUUCCAAUGAUUUAAAUCUUCUUUUAGAUGUAGCACACAACCUAAAGGAGGAUAAGACAUUUUUUAUCAUUUAUAAAUUGAAUUAUAUCUUUGACAAUAGAAAUGAUUUCAACUUAACUGAACAAGACUUGAAUACUAUUUGGAAGAUAAUCUUUGAAAUGAUUGAUAAUCAGAAAUAUGCUCGUAACGUUAAAAUCUCCACAGAUUUUUAUCUUCUCGAAUAUAUAAAGUUAAUUAAUCGAAUGUUGGAUAAGUCAAACGACGAAUAUUAUUGGAUUAAGUCAAUGAAUUUUUUUAUUGAACUCUUUGAUUGGUGUCAAUUUCAUACAAGAAAUGCAAAUUUUUAUUGCGAAAUAAGUAAAACUCUAAUUGAAAAGUGGAAACUUUCUGAUAAGGUCAUUUCUAAACAUAAAAUGUUUAAGUUACUUAUAAAGUUUUUCUACGAAAUUUGCGCUGAAUAUAACAUUGAAAUUGUUGCUAAACGUGAAAAUUUACGUUGUGAAGCAAGAGAAGUUGGUCUAGAAGAUGCCAUUAAUAUGUUAUCCAUAUGUUUAGAAAAGAUGUCAGUAAAUACUAUACUACAAAAGCUUUCAAUUAGAGAAGCAGUGAUAGAAAUUGUUGAUAUUUGCAAAAUGCUCUAUCAGAGUAAUAAGCCGAUGGAAUUAUCGCCGCUGAAGGAGAGUUUUAAAGCUAUACUGGGUUAUUAUAGGUCCUGUCUCAGAGAUUUUAUGAUAAAUAGAUUAAAUAUCAUUCCAUGCGACGAAAGUGAAAAUCUAAUUUCAAUAAUUAGAAAGUAUCAGGAACAAAUAUUAAAUUGUUUGCAUAAGAGAAAGACUUGUGAGGAUACUUGAAGAGAAAUAAGCUCACAGAUUGAUUUAUCGUGUCAACAGUUAUACAAUUUAACAUAUCUUGAAAAAAUUCUAUAUAUUUCAAAUUAAGAUUUAGCAUUUACUUGAAGUGAUCUGCUGCAUUUUUUUUUCGUUCAGUGCUAUUGUUACUUUAUCUGGAGAGUUAAAGAAUACAAAACCUUCAACUAUAAACUGCCUUUCAAUACGCUAUUAUCAAUAGAAUUAGUUAUGAUCGGUCGUUCAUCAUCUUUUUACCGAGAUAAUCAUAUUGACUGCUUUAUCGAAU